GGUGACUGUAGAUGACAGAGCCUGUCAGCCUCGGCACAGAUGUCUUCAGUUCACUUCACACUUUGGGUUCCUCGGGAGGGGGGGCUGGAGCCCUCGCCCACCGUUAGGACAAUGAUGUUUAGGCUGCUCUUGGCUCUCAACUUAUUCUCCUCAUUUCAAGUAACAGAAAACAAGAUUUUGGUGAAGCAGUCGCCCUUGCUUGUGGUGUAUAACAAUUCAGUCAACCUUAGCUGCAAGUAUACCUACAACCUCUUCUCAAAGGAGUUCCGGGCAUCUCUUUAUAAAGGAGUUGAUAGUGCCAUGGAAGUCUGCAUGUUGUAUGCGAAUUACUCCCAUCCGCUUCAGUUUUCCUCAAAUACAGGGUUCAACUGCGAUGGGAAGUUGGGCAACGAGUCAGUGACAUUCUACCUUUGGGAUCUGUAUGUUAACCAAACAGAUAUUUACUUCUGCAAAAUCGAGAUCAUGUAUCCCCCCCCUUACCUGGACAAUGAGAAGAGCAAUGGGACCAUUAUCCACGUGAAAGAGAAUUAUUUUUGUCCAGAUCGCCCAUCUCCUGAGUCUUCCAAGCCCUUUUGGACCCUGGUAGCAGUUAAUGGAGCCCUGGCUUUCUAUAGCUUGCUGGUCACAGUGGCCCUUUUUGCUUGCUGGAUGAAGAAUAAGAGGAGCAGGCUCUUGCAGAGUGACUACAUGAAUAUGACCCCACGGCGGCCCGGCCCCACCCGCAAACACUACCAGCCCUACGCCCCUGCACGUGACUUUGCGGCCUACCGCUCCUGACACAGACGCCUAUCCAGAAGCCAGCCGGCUGGCACUCCCCAUCUGCUCAACACCACUGCUCUGGAUAGGAAAGGACCACCUCAUUGUCAGCCAGCCACCUCGGGCCCCUGUUAGGCCACCAAUGCCAAGUUCUCUUGAACGACUAUCAAAUGUCAAGAUUCUUUUGAAGCUCUGAAAUGAAGUUAAAGAAAUUACUGUGGUAGGCCAAGUCUUGUAGUGCCAUGACCCCAAUUCAAACUUACCAUGUAUUUAUUGACUUGACUGAGAAGUGGGUAGAAAAUACAAAGUGAGUGGACUCUGUUAGCCUUGAAAUCUGCUUCCAAGUUGCUGGCAGAGCUUGUUUCGUUUUCCACUCAUCUGCACAUCUCAGUCAAACAUCCACUAAUGGAUAUUUUAAAUGGAGGAGAAAGGCUAGAAUCAUUCCUUUUGGUUAAAUGAGUGUUUAAGGAGGGAACAACUUAGUGUAGGGAGAGGGGGAGGGAGACUUGACUAUUUUAAAACCAUUAAAACACUGUCUCCUAUUCAUGAAAUGAGCCAUUUAAUUCAUAUUUAAUGUUGUUUUCCUUUUAGUUUAGAAAGAUGUAGACAUUCUCUUUGAAGAAUUUUGACCUUACUUAGUUAUUUGGAGCAAUGGGAUCCCCUCAAAACAAUGCUAGGCAAAUCAAUUUGCUUUUCUCACUCCUUGAGAUGGGAAUUCAGUGUUAGUAUUCACAGUAUGACUUCAAAAGAAUAAAAUAGUUCUCCCAAAAGGAAGAAUGUGUCAGAAAAUAAGGUCAUGUGAAGUCAAAAUUAUUUGAAUACUACGAAGGAUUAUUUGUUCAGCAGCAGCUCAUUCUAGACAAACCAUGCAGUGGGGCUGCGGCCUUAGAAUAAUCCAGAAUGGCUACUCUGAUCUUUGUCGAUAAGGAAAACAGAGAACCAGCCACUUUUGUGGCUUCUAAAGAUGGGCUGAAGUUGAAGUCUAGACCUUGAGUCUAAGGUUUAGAUAGCAGAUCUCAGGUUUCAACACCACAUGUUGGCAAAACGUUUGAUACUCCACCAGCUUUACCUAAAUCUGCCAGAAAGGCUUUGGGAACUGUCAACAAAACUACAAAGUCAGUAAAGACUAAGAGACCCCUAAAACAAAAAGAGCCAAACUUCACUGCAAAAAGGUGACUGAGAAGACUACUGGUGCAAAAAGCUCUGUUCCUGCCUCAGAUGACACCUAUCUAGAAGUAGAAAAAUUCUUUCCCUUCCAUCUUCUAGAUUUUGAGAGUAUUGACCUGCCUCAAGAGCACCAGAUUGCAGACCUCCCCUUGAAUUGAGUGCCUCUCAUGAUCCUUGAUGAGGACAGAAAACAUGAAAAGCUGUUACAGAUGGACCCCCCUUCACCUGUGAAGAUGCCCUCUCCACCAUGGGAAGCUGGUCUGUUAGUCUCCUUCAAGCAUUCUGUCAACCCUGGAGGUUGAG